AUGCUGACGACCCAGAGCCAGAACUGUUACCGAGAGCAGAUCCAGAAGGAGAUGUUGACCCGCUUGGCCUGGAAGAGCCGCUACGCCCACCGCUACCCGUCCUGCCGCGACCCCCCAGGCGACGCCGGCCCUGAGCCGACGGUCCUGCCCCGUCUGCCCGCUCCCCCCACCAGGGCGGUCCUGCCUCCCGUCAGCAGGACGACCCAGAAGCAGAGCGCCUUUCCUCCUCCUGCUCCUCCUCCUGCUCCUGCUCCUCCUCCAGGUCCUCCUCCUGCUCCUUCUCCAGGUCCUCCUCCUGCUCCUGGGCUCUCUUUGGAAGGAGAUGGCCGUCUCCGUGUGACCCCUCUGAUGAGGCCAGUUUCUCCUCAGACCAGACGAGCUCUCUAUCAGGACUCCUCGCACCACGGCAAAGGGCGCCGCCUGUACCUGCAGAGGCGAGGCCACGUGAGGCCCGAGGAGAAGUUUGACUUCCCCCUGCUCUCGUCCUGGGAGUACGGCUGGAGGCUGGGUGACUACUCUCUGGACUACAGGACGCCGUCCCGCGCCAAGUCGUCGGUGGUGAAGAACACCUUCUACGCCCGGAACGGCGUGUUCAGCAGCCCGUCGGCCACCGACGCGCUGGGCUGAAGUUCGACCUCCGGCCACCAGGGGUCGCUCUUUAGAGAGUGUGGCUCGAAGCAGACAGGAUUUAUACGUGAUGAACACCAUUUUGUUUGAAGACGCCUCCCUGAUUUUAAUCCCUAAUGUGCCGCCAGUUAAAGUCGGAGUUAUAAACUAUUUUGGGAUCAUGACAAAUGGCACAAUAUAACAUCUUGGUAAUUGAUGAAUAUUUAACAGAAAUAUAAUUAAAACUCAGUUUGUUGUGUAUUUUGUAAAACCUUCUACAUUGUUUUGUGUUUGGGUGAUUUAAUUAAAACGCUAGUCAAAAGAGCAAUGAUUGGUUGGAUAAAACAUAUUUUAAAUAUAUUAUUGUCAUAUUGACGACGGGGUUGAGAGGGUCUUUGUGUGAAUGAUGAUCCUCUACUUCCUGUAACGCUGUCUGUUUACCGUCCACUCGGCUGUGAGGUUAAGUGUCCACCAACCCGAUCCUGUGUGAUGGAUAAUUAAUGAACACCUGGCCAGGUAUCAGUCACAAAGACGUACACUUGACACCUCAGUGGUUUAAACAGCGAGGAGGAAAUGUCACGCACCGCAGCAUUAAAUAUUUCUAAUCCGGCAGUAACUACUACUAGUAC